AUGUAAUCAUUAGAUGGUUCUUCGAGAGGUAUAUAAUACUAAUUACUAAGAUAUCAUUAAUUCGAUCGAUUCUGCCAAUAAAAUCACAGCAAAAUAGUUUAUGAAGUAAAACUACACUGACACAGAGGCUAGAAUCAAAAUCAAUAAAUUACAUGAUUAACCUCAAGAAGAAAUAUUGAAUCAAUCCUAAAUAGAUUUACAAGGAAAGUAAAUUACAAUCAAAUCUACACUAACUAUUAAUGCACUCUAUGAGAAGACCAAAUUUUAAGUAAACCAUAAUUUAGAAUAUUUAUAGAUUAUUAUUGAAUCAUUUCUUUAUGGUUUUGCUAAUUUCCCUUUGCUAUAUUACAUAAUUUUACUAAUUGCUUCUAUUAAUUAUGAAGUCAUUGGUUUUUAUAAUCAAUUAUAUAUGGGAUUGUAAAUAGUUUUCUGCUUUUUAAUAUCAUUUUAUGAUACUUUUAUGAAUAAAAUAAAUCUCUAUAGAUCAAUAGAAUAAGCUGAUUAAUAAUAAAUAUUUGUUUAUAUUGAAGAUGAAUUUAGAGAAUGUAGUCUAGGUCAAUUACAACCAGGUCAUUUAAUUAAACUCUUACCAAAAUAGAAAUGCCCCGCAGAUGGAAUAAUAGUAGGGACUAGUGGGGUUUCUGAAAAUAUACCAAUAUUAGAAAUUGGAGGUUAGACAAUCACUCGUAAAGCAGGGGUUGCAAACUUUAGUGUUGGAAGAUAACUAGAAGGCAAAUUAGAAUUCGAUUCUGAAGAUAAGAAGGUUAGAGUUACUUUAAAAAUGGAAACAGCCUAAUUCAGUCAUGAUUUCUAGUAUGUGAAUUUCAAUAUAUUUUUAGACAAUAAAAUAAAAUAAGAAUUUUAUAAGCCAAUAAUUCAUUUGAUGAAAUCUAUAUCCUAGUAACUGGUUAAACAUUGUAAGAACAAAAAGAAAUAUAAAGUUCUGCCUAUGAAAAAACAAAAAUUAAUCCAAAAUUAGGAUUUUCUUUACAUAUUCAAAACAUUAUCAUAAUUAUAUUUACACUUCUAUUAUCUGUAACUUUAUUAGCUGCUCACUUUAUACAAACUAAAUAUAUGUAUCUAGAUGAUAAAGUGAAUGAAGGAUAGAUGAAAACUUUCUUAUAAUUUUUAUGCACUUUCAGUUGGGGAAUUCCCAUUAUGUAGAUUCCAUUAAUAUUAAUAAUUAAUAGAAUUUCUAAAUUCUAAGCUGAGCAUGAUCGUUUAAUAGAGUAAAAGAAAUUAUUAAUUUUUUUAUAGUGUUGAUAUUUCUGGAAAGAAAGUUGAAAUUAUAAAUAGUAAUGCCUUAGCUAAUAUGGCUAGAGCCAAAUAUAUAUUGACUGAUUUAAAUCUAUUAACUAGACAAAGUUUAGUAGUCAAUAACAUCUUAUUAAAUAAAUAAUCUGAUGAAAUCAACCUUAAUGAUUUAGUAACAGUGACCCCUAUUGAAGAUAUUGAUGAUUUAAUUUUCUGCUAAUAAGAAAUUAAAUUUGCACUCUUAGCUUUUCAAACUUCCUAAAAAAGUGAAGAGGAUAUUGCUACUUAAAAAAGAAUUUUGGAAUAUGGAUUAUCUUUAGGAAUCAAUGGAAAUCUAAGAAUAAUUUAAGAUUAAGAAUAAAAUUAAUAAUAUUUUUAAAAAAAAUUUGAAGUAGUGACUUCCAAAUAUCUUUUAGUUGGUUAUGAAUAAAUUCUAAAAGAAGUAUAUUUAUAUUUAAUAUAUUUAUAGGAUAACAAAUAGUAUCUUAUUGUCUUUAGAUAAAAAUUUAUUGAUUGUAAAGAACUAUUAACAUCUGAAAUAUAAUUGUAAAUUACUAGUUUAUUAGAUGCUAAAGAUAAUCUUAAUUAAAUGAAUAUAGUGUUUAGAAAGAUUGUUUCAAUGCAAUAUAUAGAUAAAAUAACAAAUAUGGUUAAUUAACAAAAAAAAAUUGAUGAUGAAACUUUAAAAUAAAUUAAAUCAGAUGUUGAACCUGUUUUAUUCAUUGAAAUAAUUGAAGAUUUUUAUGAUUGUUCUUAAGAAAUCAUGGAUAUUAGAUAAUGUGAAUAUAAAAUAUGGAUUAACUCUCAUAUCAAAGAUGUAUAUUGAUUUUAAUAAUUAUUAGCCAUAAAUCUUAGAGAAUGAUCCAACUAUGGCAGGAUUAUUUGAAUAAACUGCUCCUUAGAUUAUGAUAUGUUAAAAUGGAGAUGAACUUUAAGUAGCACUUGAUUAAAUUGAAAAAAACAGUGUAUAUUGAUUAUAGUAAAUUAGUAAAUCAAAAAUGUUGGUAAAGAACUUAACUUAUAUAUUAAUGAUAGACCUAUUUUACUUAUUAUAGAUGAUGCAACUUUAUAAACUGGAUUAAAGAAUCAAUUACUUAAUGAGAAAUUUAAAAGUUUCUUUCUAAAAAUACCUCUUGUUAUAAUACUCAAUUCUAAACCACAUCUAAAUUAUUUGUUAUAAUCAAUCAUAAAAUCACACGAAUUAAUUUGCAUUACUAAUUAUAUCACUUCAACUCCAUCUAUGUAGAUUUAUUUAGAAAAUCAAACAGAAACAGCAUUUGAUAUUAAAAUGCCAACUUUUAGUUUUUUACCCAAAAUUUUAAUUGUUCAUGGAAGAUUAAAUAAUAUUCGAUAAGGUUCAGCAAUCUCGCUGAUCAAUUAUUUAUCUUUUAUUUUGUUUUUUAUUUAAUUUGUCUAUUCAUGUUACAACAGAUUUUCCUAAAACUAUUUGUUAAAUGAAUUUAUACUCUUUAUAAUGAUGUUCUUUACUAUUUGUUAUAUUUUCAUAUUCUUUAGCAUGGCUCAGGUAUACAAUUAUUUAACAAUUAUAGGAUUUCCCUUUUGAAAUCUUAAGAAAUCAACCAGUAUAUCAUUUAAUGGUGAGAACACCUAAGAAUCCCUAUAAAUUAUUGAUAACUCAAUUUAUUUAAGGAGGAUUUCAUGGUACUUUUAUUGUCAUAUCAAUAAUUUAUACAUUUUAUGGUUCAAAUGAUUAAAAUGGAUAUGUUCAUGGCUAUUAAUUACAAUAAUUUAUGACAUUUACAAUAAGUUUAUUAGUAAUAGCCUUUAAGCCCAUAGUAGAUUAAUAUAAAAUUGUAAAAUCAUAAAUGUAAUAAAUUCUUUAAUAUUUAGAUAUUUAGCAAUGGCAUAUAUAUUUGUUACAGUGAUGAUUAUUUAUAAGAAUAAUGAAUAAAUGGCUGAUUUAUUUGAAACAGGUGUAAAGACUAAAGAUUUAUGUGCUCUUGUGUUUUAUCCUAUUUGUGCUUUAAGUCCAAAUCUAAUUGGAUAGUUUAUUUUAAGAUUAUUAUAGACAAAUGACUUAAAUUUAAGUCUUUACAAAAUGGAAUAGAAAGUAAAAUUCUAAUAUCUUAUAAAAAGCAUGAAGAAGAGUCUGAGAAUCAAAAAUUAAGAGAUGCCAAAAAUUAUAUAAGAUUAUAUUAAAAAGAAGAAUUAGAAUAAUAAGAAGACAUAGUAAAUUCGAAGAAAGUACUUUGA